AUGUCUUAUUCCAUAUUAGAUUUACUAUUUUCAUUUCUAAAAUGGUAUUUAGCAUCUUACAUUACAAUUCGUAUUGGAAAAUGUUUAUGGAUACUUAUAAAUAGUAUCAAAGGACAUUUUUUUACUAAACCAUACGAUUUAUCAUCUUAUAUCAAUAAUUGGGCAGUUGUAACUGGUGCAACAGAUGGAAUAGGAAAAGCAUAUAUUAAUGAAUUAGCUAAAAGUAGAGGAAUAAAAAAAUUUUUUUUAAUUGGAAGAUCUCUUAAAAAAUUAGAAGAUAUUAAAAAAUAUAUGGAAGAUACAUAUAAAGCUCAAGUUGAAUUUUAUGUUUUUGAUUUUGCUUCUGAUGAUUUAAAUAAAUUAGAUUCUAUAAUUGAAAAAUUAGAUGUUGGAAUAUUAAUUAAUUGUGCUGGAACUGGACCAUCAGAAGUUGCUAAUUUUGUUGAAUUACCUAAAGGACAAGGUUCACAAAUAUUAAAAGUUAAUUUAAUGUCAACUGUUAAGAUGGUUGAAUUAGUUUUACCAAAAAUGGUUGAAAAAGAUCAUGGAAUUAUUGUUAACUUUGCUUCAGCAACAUCAUGGAGACCACUACCAUAUAUGUCAACCUAUCCAUCCUCAAAAGCUGGUAUUUCAUUUUUUACCUCAACAUUAGUUGAUGAAUUUAAAAAUACUAAUGUUAAAAUUCAAUUAUUAAUACCACUUCUUGUUGCAACAAAAAUUGCUUUUUAUGAAAAAGAAGAAUCAAAUAAUAUUUUUGUUGUUGAUCCAGAAGAAUAUGCAAGACAAGCUGUUAAUACUAUUGGAAAUUUUCCUCUUUCAACAGGUUGUUUCCAACAUGAUGUUCAACUGGCUUUAGCUACCUUGAUCGGUUUUAAUAUCUUUAAAUUAUUCUUCGUACCAAUUGUAAUGUUACGUGUUCAUAAAAAAAGAGUUGCUGGAUACAUUGAACGCAAAGGAAAAAGGGAAUAA